AUGAGUGUGUCCAUUAGCUGUUCUAUUCGUAUUUUAAUCAUACUUGCAUCUCCACUAUUAUCUGACUGCAGUUUGCUACGAGGACCUAAUAAGAAGCAACCUCAUAUCAUUCUCAUCGUUGCUGACGAUUUGGGAUGGAACGACGUUGGUUUUCAUGGAUCAAUUCAAAUUCCCACUCCAAAUAUUGAUGCUUUGGCUUAUAAUGGUGUAAUAUUAAAUCGUCAUUAUGUUCAACCAACUUGCACUCCGUCUAGAGCUGCUUUGCUUACCGGAAAAUAUCCGAUUCGAUAUGGCCUUCAAGGAUUCCCCAUCAUUGCUGGUGUACCCUUGGCACUUCCGUCAAAUGAAAAAAUUUUACCACAAUAUUUGAAAGAUUUGGGUUAUUCAACUCAUUUGGUGGGGAAAUGGCACUUGGGCGCAAACAAAAACCAGCAUACCCCUAUAAAAAGGGGAUUCGACAGUCAUUUUGGCUAUUGGAAUGGAUUCAUAAGUUACAGAAACAGUACGCAUUCUACGGGAUUAAUGAUUGGGAAAGAUGCCAGACGUGGGUUCGAAAGAGCAGGAGACGAGAUGGUUGAUCGAUAUGCAACAGACAUUUUCACCGACGAAGCUAAUAAAGUUAUAAAGUUAUGUAAAAAUAAUGGUAAACCAAUGUUUUUAAUGGUAAGUCAUUUAGCCGUUCAUACCGGAGUACCUGGACCAAACAUCUUGGAAGUUUCAAAUAAAACACAUAAUGAUAUCAGAUUUAAUUAUAUUGAAAACAAAGAAAGAAGACUUUAUGCAGGAAUGUUGACUUCAUUGGAUGAAUCUGUUGGUAGUGUCAUUGAAUCAUUAGAUAAUAACGGAAUGUUAGAAGAUUCAAUUGUGUUGUUUAUAUCUGAUAACGGUGCACCGGCUGACGAUCCUAUAUGGGGUUAUGGGAAUUCAGGAUCUAAUUGGCCAUUAAGAGGAGAAAAAGGAGCAGUUCUUGACGGCGGAGUGCGUGGAGUGGCUGCAAUAUGGAGUCCGUGGUUGAAAAAGAAACACAGAAUUUUUGAAAAUUUGUUUCAUAUAACUGAUUGGUUGCCUACCCUAUACACUGCUGCAGGUGGUGAUUUUGAAGACUUAGGUAAAAUUGAUGGCGUUGAUCAAUGGGAGAGUUUAACUGAAACUUCAAAACGUACGAGAUCGAUGGUUUUAAUCAAUAUCGAUGAAACAAGUGGAGAGGAAGCAUUGAUUUUCAACCAUUGGAAGAUCGUAAAAAGUAACCGCACGAGUGACAUCGCCUAUUAUCUGAAAUACAGCGGUGAACCCGGGAACGUUGGACCGGACUACAAUAUGACCGCUGUCGCAGAAAGUCUGGCUGGUUCGCGUUUAUCGAAAAUAAACUGUUUGGUGUCCAAAGCAGACUGCAUGGACACGUUGACCACGUACGAUCUGUUUUAUAACGUUCGUUCCCAGGCCAAGAUCGACGGCAAGUGUAGCGAACGAAUCUCUGACCCCGACCCCAACGGGCGCUACGAAUGUUUUGACAGCCCCUGCUUGUUCGAUAUACAGCGGGACCCUUGCGAAUAUCAAAACAUAGCAAGCCGAAACCCGGAAGCUCUCAACAUGACGGUAGACAUGUUGGCACAAUUCAAAAAUGAAAUGACGAUGCAAAACUACCCGGAACCCGAUCCCAAGUCAGACCCUCGAUUUUUCGACGGGUAUUGGGACACGUGGUUGGAAAAAUCUGGCGGUUCGAUUCCAUUCAAUGGAAAACUACACACGCGCGUUAUUAUAAUCUUGACGGCGUGUUUUUAUUAUUAUUUUAUGAUUUGA